CAAAUCAUUCAUUCCUCGUCCAAUUUCACUUCAACCAACAUCAACACGACCGGCUGAUCGGUGAAAAAUCUACAAUUUAAUAAUUUUGCAAAAUAUCCUCAUUGGUCGUGUCCAAUCGCUUUUGGAUUGUGGGGAGGACGUUUUAUCGCCGCGGUGGCCUGUGCAAAACUCGGUCAAUUAAGAAGAUUGACCCAUUAUUUCGCAUAAAUAAAAGGACAAUGAUGUCAGGUAUUUCAGGGUCAAAAGAUCCAAUUAUUGACCUUCCUCAAGGAAUCGUGGAAGGGGUUUUACUACAGUCGAGAGAGUGCCGAGAUUAUUUUGGAUUUUAUGGAAUCCCUUUCGCCAAACGGUGUCCGGAACGAUUUCAGCCUCCGGAACGAUGGGAGAAAUGGAGUGGACUUUUAGACGGGAAAAAACCACGGGAACGUUGCGCCCAAGCGAGUCUCAUCACACGACGUGUUUUGGGGAGUGAAGAUUGUCUUUUUCUGAACGUUUUUACGCCACAACUCCCCUCCGGAAAAAAUAAAAGAUCUCCAAAUAGUAUCUCAUCGACGAAUGGUUUGCCAGUUAUGGUUUUCAUUUUCGGUGGAGGAUAUUAUGUCGGAGGUGGUGAUUUGUAUGGGGGGAAAUAUCUCAUAGAUCAAGACGUUAUCUUGGUCACUUUUAAUUAUAGACUUGGUGCUUUUGGCUUCCUCAACAGUGGGGACGGCCAGGUAGGAGGCAACAUGGGGAUGAAGGACCAAGUCAUGUGUCUCAGAUGGGUGCAGGAAAACAUUUCCUAUUUCGGCGGUGAUAAGGACAACGUUACUCUUUUUGGCGAGUCGGCGGGCGCCGCGUGUGUUCAUUUUCAUUUAAUGUCGCCCAUGAGCAAGGGGCUUUUUCACCGAGGGAUCAUGCAGAGUGGGAAUGCUCUCAGUCCUUGGGCUUUCACGAAACGACCCGAACAAAAAGUACGCGAUCUCGUGAAACAAUUGGGGAUUGAGUGUGACCUCACCGAUAUGACUGAAAUGGUCAAAGUGCUCAAAGAAGUCAAUCCCUACGCCAUUGCGGCGCAACGAAUGGAUUUUACGGAAUGGAAGGAGCAACCUCUUAUCGCAUUUACGCCAAGUGCCGAGUCCGGUCCACCAUCGGACCACACUUUCUUGGCUGAUUGUCCUCUCGACGUUGUAAAAUCUAACCGGUUUGCCACCCAAGUUCCACUCAUGAUGGGGGUAAACGCUCAGGAAGGUGCUUAUCGAGCAAUACCCCUCCUCCAAAAUCCGAGCCGUCUCCAAGCCGCAAAUUCCGCCUGGUUUGACGAAGCUCCGAAACAUCUCAUUUAUGAUAAAUCCUCACUCCCGACCGGAAAUGAGUUCGCCUCGGCCGUGCGAAAAUUUUACUUUGGCGACAAACUCAUCAGUCCCGAAUCGAGGGGGAGAUUAAUCGACAUGUUUUCGGAUAGAUUUUUCAUCCAUUCGACCAAAACGACGGCUCUGUAUCACGCCUCCUUUCAGACGGAGGAGAAUCCAAUAUUUCUCUAUUUUUUUGACUACCACGGAGAAUUCAGUUAUUUAAACUCGUUCGGAAUUUUGGAAACUUAUGGUGCCACACAUGCGGACGAAUUACAGUACAUCAUGAACCAAAAGAUAUUCUACUCGAAUAUCGUAAAGGGUACGGAAGAUGACUACAUGAUUGGCAAAAUGUCCGAGAUGUGGGCAAAUUUCGGGAAAAUUGGUAAUCCAAAGCACAGCUCGUCAAAUACUUGGGAGCCUCUGGGUCGCCACAUCGUCCCCACUUCCCCUGAGGAAAGAAGAUCUUUAAAAUAUUAUCAUAUUUCUAAAACAGGGUCAAAAAUGAUAGACGAGCCAUUCAAGUCGAGAAUGGCAUUUUGGGAGAGUUUACAGUGCGACGAUUUUUAAUAUUUGUAGGACUUAUGAUCUGAUUAAAUUUUGCAAGUUAGGUAUCUUUUUACAAUUAAAAUUGCAACAUUUUGAAAUAUUUCAGAUGAAUUGUAUUCAUUUUGUAUGGAAGAGAAAUUACGCAACUACUUAUUUCACCCAAUUUCAUGAAAAAAUGUCCAUUAAAAACGAUCGUAAAUACGUACAACU